AUGAAACCCAUCAGCAACGCCGCAUCCAAGGCCAAGAGGGCAGGAAGGCGCCCGGCUCUUCUCUCGUUCGACGAGAUGCCAGAAUGGUUUCGACGUGAGUCGAACAAGUGGAUUCUCCAUGGAUAUCGGCCCAUCUCAGGCUCAGCUCUCACUUCGUUCUCCAGCUGGUCGUAUAUCCAUAAUGAGUCUGUCAACAUCUACUCCCACCUUAUCCCGGCCGUUUUCUUCAUGCUUGGUGAAUGGUACCUUCAACAGUACCUUAUUAGCAAAUACUCUAAGGUGACCGGCGCCGAUUUUAUUGCCUUCUCUAUCUUCAUGUUGACAGCCGUUACCUGUCUAUCAUUAUCGGCGACGUACCAUACCUUGAUGAACCACUCCCAGCACGUGGAACACUUUUGCCUGCGACUAGAUAUGCUGGAUUGGAAUUUUCGGGACGUUGACGAUCUUUAUGACGAUGCAUCCCAAGUUCCAAGGCUCGAAGUAUCGCAAUUUCCGAGCUUUGAUGUUCGUGGCGACUGGCUUGUCCGGCGUUGCGCCUUUAAUCCAUGGGCUUUGGGUGUUCGGGAUAUCGCAAAUGAUGACAAAAGCUCUCCCCUACACCAUGGCAAAAGCAGGCUGCCUUUUAUCUGGGACUGCUUUUUAUGCAAUGCCUAUGAUCAUGCACAGGCAAAUAUUGCUUGCUCGUCCAUUUGA